AAGUCUUUCUUUCUAUCACAACUUCCUCCCUUGUUCUUCUCCUGAGUGGCAGCAGUGCGCCCUGGUCGUGACGUUAAUCCGUGACGCAGGUUCGCCCUCCAUCAGUAGUCGAGCCCACUGACAGAAAACACCACCUAGAAACGAAGCGAGUCCUCACGAUCCGUGAAAAUAUGUAGCCUGCUUAGCUCGCAUAGUUCAGAAUAUUUCGACAACACGGAGUUUGGUGAAGCUGCAGUUACAUGGAAAGUUACCAUGGGUGGCCAUGAUGAUGAAGAUAUGUCAUAUAUUGUGAACAAACAAAAACAAGAUGAAGAACUAAAGAACAAGCUGAACGACAGUACCCACUGGUGCGACCAAGAGUCAACUGGGAGCAAUGCCAAGUGGGUCAAAGAAGGCCAGAACCAGCUGCGGAAAGUAGCCGAGAACCAGCAGGACCAAGACCACAACUGCAAUAUCAGCCAAAAUGGGAACAAGGAAGACUUCCCUCAUCAGACCACCACUCAGGAAGAACAACAGGGAAAGGGGGAGCAGACCAGGUCUCCUAAAAUAGCAAUGACCCCUGGUCUCAGUGAGGAGGAGUCCAAGAACAUCCUUAAUGAGCCACUACUCAUCGACAUUCUGGAGUCAACAGAAGAGAAAGAUAAAGAGAGAGAGGAGGAUGGCAGAGAGAAGGAAAACAAAUCAAAGGAAGAUGAAGAGAGAUCAGAUGAUACCAGAGGAGUGGCAAAGGAACAGGGUAAUGGGGAGUUUCAGAGAGAGGGCACUGUUGUGGGUAGAAAUGCCUGCCUCCUGUUCUCCAACAUGAACGGGACACCAAAUGAUGAGGAGUCCAGCUGGCCUGCACUGUCUCAGGACAACACAGCCGACAGCUCUCCAAAUGACAACAGAGAGUCCUUUUGGGAUUCCAGUGCUUUUGAGACAGACACAGACCUGCCUUCAGGAUGGAUGAGGGUCCGAGAUACAUCUGGCACAUAUUACUGGCAUAUCCCCACAGGCACCACCCAGUGGGAGCCUCCCUCACCCCUGGGUAAAGUCGGUGACUCGAUGAUGUCCUCGACUAUGUCCCUGGAGACUACACCCUGUGAGGAACCUGAGGAAUCCUGGGCUCAACUUUCCAGCACAGAUGAAGGAGCUGGUGAAGGGGAACUGUGGAGGGAGGAGGGAGAGGUUGCAUCUGAUCAAAGUCUGAAGGAGUUUGAAGGAGCAACUCUACGCUAUGCAUCCAUCAACCUGAACUACAAUUGCUCCCAGUCUGAGGAAGAAGAGAAGGUUGCUCCGCUCUGCACGGAUUUAGAAACUAAGUGUUUCGCAGUGCGUUCCCUGGGCUGGGUGGAGAUGUCAGAGGAGGACAUGGCACCAGGCAAGAGCAGCGUUGCUGUCAACAACUGCAUCAGGCAGCUGUCUUAUCACAAACACAACCUUCAUGACACUGCUGGUAUCUGGGGAGAGGGAAAAGACAUGCUGAUGGUCCUGGAGAAUGACACAAUGAACUUGAUUGACCCACUGGGCCAGACUCUUCUUCAUGCUCAGCCAAUUGGCAGCAUCCGUGUUUGGGGUGUUGGCAGAGACAACGGCAGGGAAAGGGAUUUUGCAUAUGUGGCACGAGACAACCUGACCCAAGUUUUGAAGUGUCACGUUUUCCGCUGCGACUCGCCUGCCAAGAACAUAGCCACCAGUUUACAUGAGAUGUGUGCAAAGAUAAUGAUGGAGAGAAAGUCGACCAAGCGAGGGUUGAGCAGGCUCAGCUCUGACCCGAGCAACCCUGUGGUGAUUCCUGUUGAAGAGUUUCCUGCUCCAAAAAAUGAACACUUUCAGCACUUCCAUGUUUAUUACCUUGGUUGUGAGUCUGUGGCAAAGCCAACUGGUAUGGAUGUAAUCAAUGAAGCGCUAGAGGCAGCAGUGAGUGGCAAAGAUAAAAGUGAAUGGACUCCUGUCUCUGUGAACGUCGCACCAGCCACCCUCACGAUACUUAGUAAACAGAAUGAGGAGGUGCUUUCAGAGUGCAGGGUGCGCUUCCUGUCUUUCAUGGGUGUGGGAAAGGACGUCCACACCUUUGCUUUUAUCAUGGCGGAGGGGCCCAGAGAGUUCACCUGCCACAUGUUUUGGUGUGAACCCAACGCUGCCAGUCUGAGUGAAGCCGUACAGGCUGCCUGCAUGCUUCGCUACCAGAAGUGUUUGGAUGCACGUCCUCCGAGCCUGGCCUCCUGCCUGCCCACCCCUCCUGCUGACUCUGUGGCUCGACGGGUCAAGAAGGGGGUGCAGACUCUGCUGGGCAGCUUUAAGAGCUACAGGUCAGGCUCUCAGUCCCCUUGAGUUGGAGUGGGGAUGAUCCACAGUCCAUUAAACACAAGGUCCAUCACCGCGGCCCCUUCUCACUCUCACCUCUCUCUGCCUCAAGUCUCUCCCCUCUCCCUUUCUGCCACUUUUUCGCCUUAUAACCAUUUCACUUGUUCAGUCACUACUCUAAUGUGUGAAGUAGUUAGUGGGGAAAACGUGUGUCUGAAAAGAUUUCAUUUAUUUCCUUUUCUUGGCUUUUACUUUAUACAGCAAUUUUAAACUCCCACCUUCAAACAGAUGAACCCCUGGCAUCUAUGUUUUCUUUGCUGGGAUUCUUUCUGUGAGUCUUAACUAUUUUUGUGUUUUAACAGAAACAAUGCUAUGAAUGUUGCAUAUGGAUGUAAUAUAUUUUACAUGCAGAUGCUAGAAUUUGCCUGAAAAAGAGGUUCCUAGAUUCUGUCACAGAAAUGGUCUGGUUCUAUGGUCUUUUCCUCCUCGGUGCAAUUAUCAUCUCUAAUGCUCCUCUUUUUCUACUUUAAAUGAAGGUACUGUAAUACAGUCAUCAGUUGGUGUCAAGUAUCCUAAUAUUGAUUUUCUAAAACAUCCUUGCCCCCUCUCUCCCCCUCUCUCCCCCUACCACCCUAGGUUGUAAUACAAGCGCUGUAUGCGUCUCAGUAGUGUGCCACGUAGUGAUAUGUCCCUGACACCCCCACCCCUCCCCCCAAAACAAUGUGUUUUAGUCUUCCAAAGAAUUGUAUGGUCAUCUGUCACAUCGUGAGCAACCACUGAUUCGAGUGUAGUGUGUUCCUCAUACAUUCUGCAUGAACAUUUGCAAGUUCAGUGCUAGUGUGCAAUAAUCAGACGUUGCUGUGUGGUGUGGUGAUAAGAUGGCUGCCAUGUGAUUAUUUGUUCACUUUAAUGAGAGAGAGUCUGGCUAGACUGAGUGCGAGGCUAAUGGAACAACAGAGCCAUGUUGAAAAUCAAUAUUGCGUGAUAGAAAUAACAGUAAUAAAAAACAAAAAUGACUAACUCUGGGUUUUCACACAGCCGUUUACCACCAACAACCACUGAAUAGUACUGUAGAAACUUGUCACAAGCUGCAUGCUUUGAUAGCUUAGAGUUCUUGCUGCUUGCAGCAGUUUAGCGCUUAAGACCCAUCAAUGUAACCUGUAAAUUCUUUCUGUGUUUCUCUAUGGUCAAGACGAGGCUGGAGUUGAUGUGUUGUUUCGUGUUUCAUAGGCAUGUCACAUUAGUUAGUGUCAGUGUUUAUCAUAAGCUAGCAGUAGAAAGUUAGACUUCCUGUCAGUUCUUUCAGACUGAAAAGGUGAGAGCAGUUUGUAUUUACACUUUCUGUAUAUUGGAAACCUAGAGAUAAUUUCUCCACUGGUUUACGUUUUUAUUUUUUCAUUGGCCACGUUCUGACUUGUGUAGGCCUCGGACACUCCAGUUAAUGUAUUUUUUUUAUUGUUUCCGCACACUACAAUGUACGCAGUUUAAGAUGGUUUUCGCAUUAGCACGUUAGAUUUACUUUUUGCAAAGAACACACUAAUUAGCCAAGUUGUACUUCAUGUCUUCACGUGUCUGUUGGCGAUCAAUACUGUAUGUAGCACAAUAGUGAUAGUCAUCUCUAAUGAUAAAGAUGCAGUUUGUAAGAAUUGUUUAACCUCUGCAGGGCAUUUAUUUGGCCACGUUGUCUGCAAUACUGGUAGCUACUUAGAUAUCCUCAGGCUAACCGACUCCACUACGUAAAUAUAAAAAAAAAAUACGUUUGCAAAUGAAGACAGAACUGCAUCAGAAUAUGUCUUCUUACAGUUUAUGGAUUAGAGUAAAUGUAUCACUCAUUUAAAUCAAAACAGGAUUGUGAGAAGAAAUGUGUACAACUCUGUGUUUAAAAAAAAAAAAAAGGAAAAUCAAACUUGUGUUUAAAUGUCUACCUUGUGAUGCAUUUCUGAUUCAAGUGUCAUUUACCUGCUGUCAGAUAAUGAAUUGCUAAGUACAUCAGAAAUCUUUUUUUUUUGUUUUGUUUUUACUUUCUAGAUGUUCUGUUUUGGAAACACUAAUCUCUGAUAUUUUUCAGAGAUGUCUUCAAAAGAGUGCUAAAAGAAGCUGCGCACAUGUAAAAUAUGCAGCUGCAAAAUAUGUAAUCCGUGUCUGAAACUCGUGGAAUAAAUUUCAGGUUUAAAGAAGAGUGAGUCAUACUUUCAGCCAUAAAGAGAAGAAAAGCCGGUGUGAGAGACACAAUCUUUUCUGCUUGUGUGUUCUCUUCAAAUGAACUUGUCUCUAAAUUUUGUAAACAAAGCAGUGCUUUGUGAUGACUGGCCUUUUCUCAAACUUUAAAUCAUAGAUAACUAUAGACACUUUUAACUUUUUAGAAGAUAACAAACCCUAAAACUCUUACCAACUGCUUCUUUAUAUGUGUAGUAUAUAACCCUAAUGAAAACUGUACUACACUGACUCAUAUUACUGCCUUGUCAUGUGUCACUUGGAACUAUUUUGCUUUUUCUCCUUAAAAGUUUGCUGCGUGCUGUCAGUGGCAACACUAAAGCUGGAUGAACAUUAGCAGAUUAAUUUAUUUCUGUUCAUGUAAAUUAGGUGUAUAAAAUGUAUGUAUAUAUAAAAGUCACUGCACAAUAAAUGUGGACAUAUCACAACUGUU